AUGGGAAGAGGAGACAUUGAACUCGAAACAAACAAGGUCUAUGACCAGGAUGUUGUAGCAGAUGUUGAAUUCCCAACCACCGCUCAUCAAAUUAGCAGCGAUUCAUGGUUUCAAGUGGGUUUUAUCCUCACGACUGGAAUCAACAGUGCCUAUGUGCUUGGAUAUCCAGGGACAGUUAUGGUUCCACUGGGAUGGACCGGGGGUGUGGUUGGUCUACUUCUUGCAACCAUAGUAUCACUCUAUGCAAAUGGUCUAAUUGCUCAUCUCCAUGAAUAUGGAGGACAAAGGCAUAUUAGGUACAGAGAUCUUGCUGGAUAUAUAUAUGGUAAGAAAACGUAUUCACUCACAUGGGCUUUGCAGUAUAUCAAUCUUUUCAUGAUAAAUACUGGCUACAUCAUUUUGGCCGGUUCAGCCUUGAAAGCUACUUAUGUUCUAUUCAGGGAUGAUGGUCUACUGAAACUCCCAUAUUGUAUUGUCAUAGCUGGACUGGUGUGUGCAAUGUUUGCCAUCUGCAUUCCUCAUCUUUCAGCUCUUGGAAUUUGGCUUGGAUUGUCAACAAUCUUUAGCCUAGUAUACAUUAUUAUAUCAUUUUUGUUGUCGCUUAAAGACGGAUUACAUUCACCACCUCGUGAUUACAACCUUCCAGGAGAUGGUUUAAGCAAAGUAUUCACAAUAAUUGGGGCAUCUGCAAACCUCGUGUUUGCAUUUAAUACAGGCAUGCUUCCCGAGAUACAGGCAACGAUUAGGCAGCCAGUUGUGAAGAACAUGAUGAAAGCCCUGUACUUUCAGUUUACUGUUGGAGUUCUACCACUGUACCUAGUUGCGUUUACAGGAUAUUGGGCUUAUGGAUCUUCCACUUCAGUGUAUUUGCUUAAUAGUGUGAAUGGUCCAGUUUGGGUGAAGGCUUUGGCCAAUAUUACAGCCUUUCUUCAAUCAGUCAUUGCAUUGCAUAUUUUUGCAAGUCCAAUGUACGAGUUUUUGGAUACUAAAUAUGGGAUCACCGGAAGUGCACUGAAUGCCAAAAACAUGUCAUUUCGAAUCCUGGUAAGAGGUGGUUACCUGGCUUUUAACACAUUUGUGUCGGCUUUCUUGCCAUUCCUUGGAGAUUUCAUGAGUCUAACGGGGGCGAUCAGCACAUUUCCCCUUACAUUUAUUCUUGCAAACCAUAUGUACCUUAAGGCAAAGAAGGACAAACUAACAAGCUCACAAAAGCUCUGGCAUUGGUUCAACAUUGGCUUCUUUUCCAUUAUGUCUUUUGUAGCAACAAUUGCAGCCAUACGACUUAUUGCUGUAGACUCCAAAACAUACCAUGUUUUUGCUGAUUUGUGA